AAGGCAAAUAAUCUUGUUCCCUCCCAAAACACACGAUCUCUCGCUCCUCUCUUCUCUCUCUCGGCGAUAAUGGCGGAAUCACCAUCGCACAGUGAUGCACAGCUCGUUGCUCAUCAAGCUCCUGCUCAGCAAGCUGAAUCGGAUCUGACGUCUCUCGUCUUCGAAUUGUCACAGCAAGUUCAGAUGGGAAUGGAGAGCAUGCUCAAGAUGGUCAAUGAGAUCGAUCAAAACUCUGUUGGAAUCAAGGAAGAAAUUGAGAAAUCGAAGGAUUUUGCAAUGGAGAGGAAAAGGGUUCUGGAGGAAGAGAAAGAACAGUUUCAGAAAGCUGCUUACACUAUUCUAGACAUGCUAAGCCACAGCCGAGGCUAAUAAUCCUCAGGAUAUGCUCUGUAGUCUGGAGAAAACUACAUCAGGUAAAAGAAAACGUUAUAAUGUCAGUAAAGAAACUCUUAUUGGUUUUGGUUCUGUAGCCUUAUUGAAUCCACCAUAUUCAUUAAGGUAUUAGCUUCACA